GAAAUGAGAUCAAAAUUGAUGGCAAAGUAUUGCGAAAAUUAAUGUUAAGCGAUAGCUAUAAGUGGUUAACACUUAAUGAUGUGAUCAAAAGAGUGGAUAAUAUCGCCAAAGGGUUAAUGAAAAUGGGUGUCAAAAAGGGAGACAAUGUAAUCAUUUGGGCGGACACUCGGCUCGAGUGGACACUCUGUAGUUUAGCGCUCAUCAAAAUUAACGCAACUCUAUGUACGCUAUACUCAACAUUAGGCACUUCUGGCCUAAUAUACGGUAUAAACCAAACGGAAUCGCAAACAAUAAUCACAUCAAUUGAUUUGAUGCCUAAAUUGAAGUCAUUUAUCGAUAAAGUGCCGCAUUUGAAGUCAAUCGUGUACAUGAAGAAUACCAGCGACCAAUUGAGUGACAAUAGCUUUGGCGACAAUAUUACCAUCAAAUCGUUGGAUCAGUUAGAAGACAACGGAACCGACGACAAGUCGGUGCCACUCGACUACCAGUUGCCAAACGAUACAAACGAAACGGCGGUCAUAAUGUAUACGUCGGGAACCACUGGCCAACCGAAAGCUGUCCGCAUAUCUCACCGCUCACUGAUGGCCAGUCUUCGGUCACUUCACGGCUACAGUGCCGACAAUAUCCCGGACGGGAUCCACAAUCAAACCUAUAUGUCUUAUCUGCCAUUGGCUCACAUUUUGGGCUUUACUUUUGAAAUGUAUUUGUUUUUUGCCGGCGCCAGAAUCGGGUACAGUUCGGCCCAAACCCUGACCGACUCGUCGCCAGGACUGGCCUCAGGACAGUCGGGUGACGUCACACUUCUUCGGCCGACAUCGAUGACAGCCGUACCGCUAGUUAUGGACCGACUGUUGAAACAAAUCUAUGAGAAACUAAACGCCAGGUCCGCGCUAUCGGCCCCACUGUUCACGUAUUUAAUGGACUAUAAGAUCCGGUGGACGGGUAGAGGAUAUGACACACCGCUAAUCAAUCGCGUGAUUUGCCGACCGAUAGCCGCGGCGCUCGGCGGACGACUCGAGUACGUGAGCGUUGGCGGCGCUGCACUCAACCCACGCACUCAGGCGUUGCUCAAAGCGGCUCUCAAUUGCAAACAAAUAGCGCAAGGUUUG